UCAUCACUACAUUAAUUAUACCCCAGUAAUAUUUAUAAAAUAAAGUUAAAUGAAAAUACGCAGCGAAGAGUUAAAAGUCUAUCUGGCCAAUCAGAAGCCGUAUGUGCGGUUAAACCCCGCCCUUUUUGUAAACCGUAUCACAAUGCGGUUGGUCGAUCUAUUCUGAGGAGGAAACGCGUGGUUUAUAAACAACUGGACGCGUGCAAUGAUCCGAUUCCGUUCGCUUUUAUUUUCUUUUGGACUUAAAACACAUAAAGCUUAAAAGAGACUCGCUCUCGGGUUUAUUUUGUUGGAGAAUUGUAGCAGAAAUGUCGUCCUGCUCUUUCCAGACGCAGUUAAUGUCCAUCAUGGAGCUUCUGGCCAAAGCGGCGAUAUCAGAAAUCCACCGGCACGUGGACGACAACUGCGCGUUCAUGAGAGUGGAGCUGAGUCGCAGCCGAAAGGACAUCGAUGCUCUGAAGAGGAAAUGCGUCAUGAUGGAGAGUGAACUGAGGAGGGUCAAAGGACGCGCUAAGAGGAGAGUGUGGAUCAGUGGGACAUUAGAUCGAUAUCCUACACCCCUCAGGACCGGCUGUGUCAGAGAUGAUGAUGGUGAUGAGGAUGUCAUCAGAGAUGAAGAUCCAGAACCCAUUCUCAAUAUCCAUCAGGUGGUCCAGGUUCUGGAUGAUAAAAUGAAAAUUCCUGUGAUCAAGCAAGAAAGAGAUGAAGAAGAGCGAGGCGGCGCUGAGAGAGAUGCAUUAAACAAUUCAUACAAUCUCGAGCAGAACAUCCAACCACAGGAGAACAUGGAGAGUCAGAAAGCUCUUUCUGGAGAUCCGGAAGUCCAAAACACAAGUUGUGUACUCACACAGACUUACGCAGAACUUGUUGAACAGGUGGAACUUGAUGAGGGUUGUCGAAGCGAUCUGGGACUGCAUGUCAAAGUGGAAAGAGAUAUUAAAGAAGAGGGGAACUUAAAAACAGAGGGAUCUGAAUCCAGCAUGGGUCCAGGAGAUCACCUGAGGUAUGCACUUGUCCAGAGAGAUGCUCAGCUGUGGCCAUCCGUCCCUGAAUCUGUCCAGCGAGAAAACACAGAACGAACGUUUUCCACGUCCAUCUUCUCACAGCCUGAUCACAGAACACAGAUGGAGCCUCAAAAGUCUGGACAGGUCAAUGCAGAAGACCAGGACCACCCAACCUGGUGUGGUGAGGGCACACAGGAGUUGGGUCACAUGACACACUGUGAUGUGCAGAGUUUAGCUGGUGUUUCAUAUAACAUGCUGCAUGAAUCCAACAUGCCAACAAACGUGUUUCCACCGCAUGGUGGUCUUGGAGAGCUCGGUGCCGGGCGCAAACUUCGGACUCACAGGCGCUCGAGCGUGGAUGCGAUAAAGCGAUUUAGCUGCUCUUUCUGUGAAAAGAGCUUUAAACGAUUCGAUCAGUUGAAGGAACAUCUGCGCAGUCACACAGGUGAGAAACCGUACACGUGCAUCCAGUGCGGGCGCAGCUUCACCAAACAUUGCAACUUAAUUCGACACACCGCGGUACACAGCGGCGAGAAACCGUUUCUGUGCAUUCAGUGUGGAAAAUCUUUUACACGUCGAUCCAGUCUGAAGUCACAUCAGAGGAUCCACUCAGAUGAUGAUACAGUCAGUGGUGGGAAUGGCUGAGGAGAAUUGUUAUGGAUUAAAUUUGCAGUUUGGACAUUUGCGUUUCGAUGCUAUUUCGUGGAUUAAAGAUGGUCCUCUACAUUUUGAACUUUCCCUUUCCUACCCCCUUGAAAUGAACUUCUGGCCCUGUUAUGUUUGUAUUUUUUUAAAGAGGGAAUAUGUAAAAACAACAAACAGGCCUUACAAACAAGUAAAACAUACUCUUAGUAGUAAUGUGUAGAUAAAAUGUUUUGUAAGAUUACACUUGUGUGAAAAUGUGUUUGCAGUUAUUUUGUUAAAGGUGUCAUUAAAUGUUUUUAUUUACAGUU